AUGCCUUCCGAUAGGGGUGUCUUCUCCUUGAUCAUUAUCAACAAAGCCGGUGGGCUGAUCUACCAGCGCGAGUUCCAGGCAGGCCUGCGCAAGCUCUCCACGAAUGACUACCUGGUCUUAGCAGGCACUUUUCACGGUGUCCAUGCCAUUACGAGAUCCAUCACGCCGAAAAUUCCCUCCGUUCAGCCUCCCUCCCCGGCGACCUCCUCCCCAAGCACCACCACCCCAGCUGCGUCACACUCCUAUCCCAACCCCGGAGUCCCAGUCACCGGUCUGGAUUACCUCGAGACCGACAAGUUUCGGUUGACCUGCUUCCAGACCUUGACGGGAACGAAAUUCCUCCUGUUCACGGAUCCCCUGACCGGCAACGUGGACACAAUCGUGCAGAAGAUCUACGAGCUCUACGCGGACUUCGUGAUGAAGAAUCCGUUCUACCAGAUCGAAAUGCCCGUGCGGUGCGAGGCAUUCGACCGCCACCUCGGCGCGUGGUUGCGGGGGAGGACAUGA